GCUGCUGCCGAGCAACAUCGGCGUCUGCUCAAUGUGUCUCUCGAAGCUCGUAUGCCGGCUAUUAGCAAUCAUGCAUCCCUUCUCCGCAGAGAUCGUCAGGUACACCAAGUUGCCUCGCUCACUGUCGACGGAGAAUCUCUGGAGGCUGCAGCGAUCCACAUGGUGUUCUCACAGAGUCAAUGCGGGGCUAAUACGACGUUACGUCGCGGUGCAUGGCAUCAGAUGCCGUCCCAGGUAAGCAUCAUAAAAGGUGAGCGUCUCCCUCAGAGUCAGCCGUAUACGAUACCAUGGCGCGAAUGAGAGAUGUAUGGCUCGCCCUGGGCCUGGCGCACGGCUCUUGCGCCUUAUGGACCCCAAAUGGCUCGUCGAACAAUGUGUCUGCUGUUGCUGUCAGCGCUGUAGCACCUACAGGUGCUGGUGUUCCUCUUCCCGCCUUUGUCUCUUAUAGCAUCGAGUUCAGUUCGUUCCCUGAUUUCGCGGGCAAUCUUUCGAGUCCGAACACUUUCUCGAACAAUCUUCUCAACAACCUUGGCGACCUGACCGGAACCAAGCCGUUUAUCAGAGUCGGCGGCAAUACUCAAGACUAUGCUGUAUUCAACAGCUCCAUCGCCGUCGCCGAGAUAGGUAUCGUCAAUCCAGCUAUCUCGCCGGACUACCCUACCACUCUAACUAUCGGACCGGCCUAUUUCGAGUCUUACCAGACAUGGCCUAACACGAAGUUCAUCCACGGCUUCAACCUUGGCCGAAAUAGCACCUUCGCCCGUGAAGGGCUCAUUGCCUCAGUGCCAUACGCAUGUAAAGCGCUCCAAGGCGGCAGACUCUUGCAUUGGGAGCUUGGCAACGAGCCGGACCUGUUCAAGACAUCCGCACAAGGUAUCGUGCGGCCUUCAAACUGGACGGAGCAGAGUUACGUAAACGAGUGGCUGAAUUGGACGAGAGCCAUCAAGGCGGCCAUGACUGGUCCGUGUCCGGAUCUCGCGUCCUCCCAGAACUACACUUAUUACGCACCCUCGUUUGCGGGCACCAGCAACAGCCUGGAUCCGAUCCGGACGUGGGAGGAUGGGCUUGACACUGACAAAGACAUUGCCGUGAUCACAACACAUAACUAUAUCAGUGGUGCCACAGUACCUGGCGUGACUCUACAAGGCACGCUCAUGAACCACACGUCCAACGUGGUGUCAAUUGCCAAGCAACUGAACGAGUCCCGCCUGCUGCGCGGCCUGCCUGCUAACCUUGGUUCUAACAACCUCCCCUUCAUCAUGGGCGAGACAAACUCUCUGUACAACCAAGGCCGUCCAGGUCUCAGCAACACCUUCGGUGCUGCACUCUGGGGUAUUGACUUCAACCUUUGGUGCGCAACAAACAACAUCAGCCGCGUCCACAUGCAUCAAGGGACCAAUUAUCGCUACCAAAGUUGGCAACCGGUUGAUACGAACAUCACCUCCAAGGGGACAAAAGCACCGUACUACGGCAACAUCGCCGUAGCUUCCUUUCUCGGCAACAUUGUCACGUCAACGCCGAGUAUAAUCAACCUACCUCUUCCGAACGACGAAGAGAGCGCCUACGCCGCAUACGUUAAUGGCUCGCUUGCCCGGCUCAUCGUGGUCAACAUGAUGAGCUACAACGCUACAGACUACAAUAGCAAUUACACGGACAACUACCCGCGGCCUGUCCAGCAGUACACCUUCCAACUUCCUCCAGGUAACUACGGGGCUGUGCAACUGCAACGCUUGAUGGCGAAUGGUAGCGAUGCUAUCACCGGCAUUACUUUCGACGGUUACAGCUUCAACUACGAACUGGACAACGGGAUGCCGGUGUUGCUUGGCAAUGUGACAAGAGGAGAGACGGCGGGUGUAGGACGUAACGGUCAGCUGAGCGUCGAUGUGCCUUUCAGCAGCGCCGUGAUUGUGCGCUUCGCUCAGCAGAGUGGUGGCAAUGGAUGGAGUGGUCAUGGACAUGGUCAUGGUCCGUGGUGGUAAAGCUUCGCUCGUAGCGGCUGUAACGACAUAUACGCCGUGACGACGUAACUUAUUGUGGCCG